AUGUGCCUGCAAUAUCUCAGCAGGCCGGGGAUGCAAGAGGACCUGGAGAAACUCGGCUCGGCGGGGCAGGUCUGGGCAGAGGACGUGCAGGAUGAGACUAGGUCAGGCGCCGCCAUCGACUUCCUGACUGACGACAAGCUGAGAGAGCCAUGGGCGCGCGCGUACCAUGCGGUAAUUCGGGGGUCAGCGGAAGACACAGCCUCGGAAAAAAUCUCUUCACUCCGAGUGUGUGCAUGGCUCGGGUUCGAUCACCUCCUACGCCGCUUUGGUGAAGGAGCGGGGAAGCAGGCGUGGAAGCAGGCGUGGCAGCAGGCGGCGAUGGACGCCGCAGGACACGGUCGAAUUAAGACGCUCCGUUCUAUCUUGGACAUGGAGCCCGCAGCGGGCGUCGGGUUAAAUUCGGAAAAGGCGAUCUGGGCAGCCAUGUCGUCUAACAACGAGGAGAUCAUUCUCGCAAUUCUGGACAAGACACCCGUCCAAACGGACUCCUCGCCAGCCUGGGUCUCGGACCUUCUACUUCAAAGCUCGAGGCUUGGAUUCACCGCUGUCAAAUCGCAAAGUUGUUGCUCGACGCCGGCGCGGACGUGGAAGGCGUGCUGGGCUCCGAUCCUCUCCCAAACCCCUCUCAUAAUCGCAUCCGAGAACCUUUCUCCACAAGUGGCCGAGCUCCUUGUCAGGCGCGGCGCCAAGACGGAUGCCACAGCCGGAAACCGGUCCUGGACGCCGCUGCAGUUUGCCGCCGACAGCGGGUGCCCCCUUGCCGUUAAGAGCAUUCUCAACCGUGACAGCCUCGACCGGUACGAGCCGUAUGCGGAUCAUCCGCUGGCGUUGGCCGCGGUCCAAUGGCCACCGGAGGUUCGAGGGCAGCACCACACCGACUACCCGGGAACGCAAUUAAUCCACGAGGCCUUGAAGCGAAAUAGCAAGCAGAUGGUCGCCCUCCUCGUCGACAACGGCGUCGACGUCAACGUGCUAGGUAAAUCGGUGGAGUACACGCCGCUAUGGCAGGCCGCACGCCGGGGGCUAACCGAUAUGGCCGAAUAUCUCCUGGACAAUGGCGCCAAAGUCGACAAGUGCGGUGAGCGUGGGGAAACGCCGUCAUUCGAGACGGCAUAUAAGGGCCAUGCCGAGACACUGGAGCUGCUGCUGCUGCGGGGUGCUGACAUGGAGGCUAUAUCGCAUAGCGGCGAACGACUGAUGGAUAAGGCCUUCCGCAGCGCCGAGACGGUGAGGGUGCUUCUGCGGUACGGCGCCAAGUGCAACAAGUCAAAUUUCCCCUUCACGCCGCUGUGGGAAGCGGUGACAGAAAACUACCCUAACACAGUCCGGUUGCUACUGCACGAUGAUAUUGAUGGUCGCCUCGACAGAUGUGAACUCGAGACGGAGGUGGAAGGCUCAACGGUGUUGUCAGAAGCGCUGAGCUGGAGAUACGACGACAUUGCACUUGAUCCGCUGGACGCAGGCGCCAACAUCAAUUGGGUGAGCCGGUCAAGUGACACCCCUUUGCACUUGGCCGUCGAGAAUGGCAACGAAGCGGUGGUAGUAGCUGCAUGCCCGAGACAAGUUCGGGAGAACGCCGUUGAACAGGAUUGGGCGCUACACGCCGGAACCGCCACCGCCGCCGACAUAACGCCCCACGCCGCCGAGGUGGUUGGCCUGAUCAAGAUGCUCCUCGAGAACGGCGUAGAGCUGAACCCGCCGAGGCCGUUAAAGGACGGCGCCGGAUAA